AAUCAAUAACAUAAAAUAUUGUCGGCGAGUUUAUCCACUGGGACGUAUAUUACGUCAUUUACAAGUUGAUCAAUUUAAUGGCAAUUAAACAAAGGAUGAAAAAGUUAGCAGACGCCUUCUGUUAUGCAGUAUGCAGUUUCGUGAAUUCGAAAUAGCGCGCGUCACGUUAUCUCUGCUCGCGCAUUGCGUCGCAAGCGAGUGAACGAGUGAGCGAGCGCUGUCGAUGGCAUGUUGCGAUGAUAUUGGAAUGCCAGAUAAGUCUAGAGAGAAAGAGAGAAACGGGAGAGAGAGAGAAAGAGAUAUACAGCGACAAAGGUAGCUUUCUUGGUCAUCUUCAUAGUCCCCGCUAGUCUACACGCUCGUCAGUAAGCGGGAUACAUUUCGUGCGUGCGUGCGUGCGUGCAUGCAUGCGUGCGUACGUCGCUCUUGGAUCCGAAACUAUCGGUGAUCGUUAGUGCAACCAGCAGUAGUCCUCUCGUUGGCCGCGGUGUAGCAGUGCCUCCCGUUGUACGCCCAUAUGCUGUGCGCGACGCAAUGGUCCUCGCGCGGUUCUUUCUCAAGAAGUCAGCGACGCAGAACGACGACGCUGCCGUCGCCGGCGACGCUGUCGCUGCCGCCGCCGUCGCUGUUGCGGCGGUAGUACCCGGCGAUGCGACCAGAACUACGACCAAGAGCAUGCUAUGCAUCCAAGAGGAGCUGGCUCAGCUGAGUGAAAUCACGGGAAGCCCCGAACGGCUAAUCACCGAGCUACGUGAGGUUCAAUUGCCCAACAAUAACCACCUCAAUUCCGCGAGUAACUCCAGCGAUGCCGCGACAAAAUGCGCUUCCGGAUCGGAAAGCAUGGAUUCUCAACGAUCGAGUUGGGUCGAAGGCAUCCUGGGUUGCAUGCGUCCUGUCUGGACCAUGUUAUCGAAGGCUGCUAUUAAUGAAAAAAUCAAGGGUCUUUCAAGUAAGUUAUCUGACGAUUGGGAGAUACCCUUCGAAGCAAUCAGCGAGCUGCAAUGGCUCGGAUCCGGGGCUCAAGGUGCAGUAUUUAGUGGAAAAUUAUAUAAGGAAAUAGUAGCUGUAAAAAAGGUGAAGGAACCGAAAGAGACUGACAUACGCCAUUUGCGGAAACUCAAUCAUCCGAAUAUUGUACACUUCAAAGGAGUGUGUACUAAACCUCCUUGCUAUUGCAUAAUAAUGGAGUUUUGCCCAUUUGGACCAUUGUAUGACCUUCUAAGAGCUGGAGAACCGGUUCCUCCUGCUAGAUUGGUGUCAUGGUCAAAACAAAUUGCUGCAGGGAUGGCGUACCUUCAUGCUCACAAAAUUAUACACAGAGAUCUCAAGAGUCCAAAUGUACUAAUAGGACAAGGGGAAGUAGUGAAGAUCAGUGAUUUCGGCACGAGUAAACAGUGGAAUGAGAUUAGCACGAAAAUGACUUUCGCUGGUACGGUAGCGUGGAUGGCGCCGGAGGUAAUUAGGAAUGAACCAUGCUCAGAAAAGGUGGACAUAUGGUCAUACGGCGUCGUACUGUGGGAAUUACUGAGCGGCGAGAUACCUUACAAAGACGUGGAUUCCUCCGCUGUUAUGUGGGGAGUGGGUAGCAAUUCCCUUCAUUUACCAAUUCCUACCAGUUGUCCGGAGGGAUAUGGGCUACUGGUUAAGCAGUGCUGGUCGGCCAAACCGCGUAACAGACCUGCCUUCAAACUCAUCGAAAUGCAUCUCGCUAUCGCGGCUGUUGAUGUACUCUCCACGGAACCUGAGGAUUACUUUAAAGCACAGCAAUCUUGGAAGAAGGAAAUACAGGAACACAUGAAGCAGAUGCCACUUUUUACUAGUACCGAUCCACGUUUCGAAGCUGAGUUAAUACGACGGAGGAAGGAUGAACUACGACACGCUCAGGAUGUCAGAGAACACUAUGAGCGCAAACUCGAACGCACUAACAACUUAUACUUGGAACUGAACGCUAUUCUACUGCAAUUAGAAUUGCGCGAGCGAGAUGUGAUAAAACGACGCAGUUACGCUUUGCAUAACCGCUUUGCGCUUACAAGACAAAUAGCACAAGACUGUAGCCGAAUAGCAAAAGACUGCAACCGAUCUCGCACAUUUGGAAAUAAAUGUCUGGUUUGUCUCAGGAGAGAACAGCAGUCAACAGGAUACAAGCAGUAUAAGAAACGUCUUGUCCGUCCUUUAUUGAAGGCUCAGGAGAGGCUAUAUCGCAGACGGAAUGGCACAGUGCAGUUCUCUUCCUCGACGCCUACUACUCCCCCGUCGCCCACGGAUUCUCCGCAGAGCCCCGUCAAAGCCACCAUGUACACACAACUGAACGAAUCCAAUCAGCCGGAAACUGUUUUAGCAUCAAACAAUAGCUUCAAACAGCGUAAAUACAGGCAUCGUCGAGUUGGUUCUGGUUGUGGUCUGAGUUCCAGUCCUAGAUCGAGUCCUCAUCGUGAAAGAAAGAGUAUAGAGGUACCUGCAAGAUUCGUUGACAGUCACACACAAACGGACAUCCUGGACAUUAAUGAAAUGGAGGAUCACAUUCCGAUAGCGAAUAUAGCGCUUUCUUUACCAGAAAAAUCCUCGAUGGACCUUAUCAGAAGACAUUCAUUGAAUAAACUAGCGACAGAAUGCUUAAAUGGGAAUCCAAUUUUGUCGGAAACGCACUAUCCGAUGCAAACUAGUUCAUGUUCCAGUCCCGAGCACUUAAAUGAAAAUAAUUGCAAUGGAAACGAACGUUUGAAGGAUUGUAGUGACGACGACAAUCUUGAGACUCUCGGCAGAAAAGUCAGUGAAAUUAUUAAUGCGAAUCGUCUUAUCAUUGACAAUGGAAAUGGCGAUGAUAUCAUAAUCUCCCAUAGUAGAAAUAAAGAAGAUUCAGGCAAAUUAUCUGGGCACUAUGUGGAACAAUCAGAUAUUAAAAUACGAGCUUCUUCGGACAAUACAGAUGAUCGCGAGGACGAUGCUUGUGAAGAAAGCUGGUCGGAUGAAGAGGGAGAGGAUCCAAGUUAUACUUAUAAUUAUUCCUUAAGACGAAGAAGUAUCGCAAGGAGGCCGAUUGGUCCCGGAUGCAGAUUACGAAGAUCUAAAUUAACAUCAACACCCGGGAGAAUACAAGGGGCAUUAGCUUCUGAUGAGGAAAAUACUUCUGAAUAUUCGCAUCCUCCGUCCAGUCAGACUUCCACCUUAGAAAGUAAUCCGGAUGUUCAAAGAGUUCUUCGUAACAUACAUCAUUCCCAAAAAAGAAAGGAAAUAGACGACGUUUCUGACACAUCGAGUCAAUCGGAAACGGACGAAGUCAGCGAAGUUACAAUUGCAUCUCAACCGGCGAGCGGAUCAAUGAAGAUGAAGAGCCGAACAUAGAUUAGUUAUUAGUAUAAUUUUUAUAUCUGAUUUUUUUUAUCAUUGGUUUAUAAGUUAGAGUUACUGCCUAAGUGAAAUUCAGUAAUUCACGUCAUUCUUCAUUCUGUAACUUAUGUUGAAUAUUGUAGAUAUUUAUCUAUUCAUACAUGUAUAUGUAUACACACACAUACAUAAAUGACAUACAUAUAUACUUGCAUCUACAUACACAUUUCCAAAUAUAAACAUGUAUACAUACAUAUAUUAGAAGUAUGUAAUAUUAUUUAGGAAACAAUUCAGUAAGCAAAUAAUUCGAGAAUUCGAGACUUUACAUCCUAAUUGAUUAUUCAAUCCAAUAAUUUUUGAAAGCAUUCUUAAUCAUCGUUUAAUUAGUCAUAUAUAUAUAGAAAUUGCUAAAAAAAUCAGAUUAGUAUUACUCAAAUUUAUUUGAGUUAUUACGCAACAUUUUUUGAUAGCACAUACAACAGUGAUUGUAAUGUAAUUUCCGUUCAACAAAUCUAAAUACUGCUUCGAAGGAUAUUAUUCGCAGUGAUGACAUUAAUAUUAUUCGGAAUUGCUGUAUACAGCGGCCAUUUUUAUGCUUAACAUUCAUCAACUGUUAUAAUUAUCAUUAAUAAAUGUGUUAAGCUAGUCCGCGGUGUACUCUGCAGAUAAGAAGAAUCAUGUAUUUAUUUGUUUCAUGGCAUCUAAUAAUUCACAGUUCUUUUUCAAAAUACGCAUAUGUACUAAGUCACAAAUCUAAUUUGAAACUGUGCAUACCCAUUACCAUAGAAAUAAGUUUUUAUUGCAAAAUUUCAGGCAGCAACAACUCUUCAAAUUCGCGUAUUUCCCUGCUUAUGUAUGUGUUUGUGUUUGACGAAAUGGGAGGGCAGCUGUAAAUAUGUAUGAUGCCUUCAUAGUUAUGAAAGCAUCUAGCCGAUGAUAUUAUGUAUAUGCACAGUUUAAAUGCAUUCUCUUAAAAAAAAAGGAAAUAAACUCGAAACAGAAUAGGAAUGUACAAUGUAACGAAUUUUAUUAUGACAUAAGUGCCUAUGGCAAUUUGCAUGCAUCGACCGCGUCGAAGUGUCUAGUGAAAAUUAGAAAAUUGAUAAUAAUGCAAUUUAGUCUUUGAAGCAUGUAUUGAAAGAUAUUGUUGUACCUGUACUUUUAUAUUUGCAAUAUAUUAUGGAUACGAAGAUGUUAGGCAAAAAUCGAAAAGUAAGAGGAAAAAAUACAAAAAAUGCAAAACUCUCUUCCUCGGAAUCUACUGUAUUUACAAUAAGAGGAAUACAUUGUACUGUCGCAUGUAUUUUCCAAGACAUAUGCUCAUACGUAAACUUAAUUCUUUUUUUUAUUUCACAGCCAACAAGAGUCAGAGAGCGCAAGUCUAUAGUGACUAUUGUACUUAUUGAUUUCAGCCUAAGCAUUUAAUGUAUAGUUUAAGAAGCGAGUUGUAUUGCGCGAAAUAUAGUCAAACGUGGUGCAGGUUACGCGAGUUUCAAAACGAAGCUCAACAAUAGCACUGGACGUGAACCUCAUACUCAUUCCGCGACAACUACCGGUACUAAUUAAUUAUUGUAAGUUGUAUCUCUCUGUUUCACACGCGCAUGUCUACAAACUAUUUCGUUUACUCGAUUACAGGAAAAAAAAACGAUGUUUUGCAUCCAUCUAUUGUACCUGCUUUGAAACUCAAAUUGCCUUAAUGACAAUUAUAUACAUCUGUAUCUGUAAAUAUAGACAAUACAACGGGAACUUAGCGGAUAAGCGUAAAGUAUAAGAUAGAAUAACGAUUUUGAUGUGCUCAUCUGAACGAAAUAAUUUACGAGGCAUAUUAUAAAUAGAGAGAGAUGUACUUUGUAGUAAUCAUACGUAUUGUAUCCAUACUUAUGCGAGUAGUUGCAUAAAUUGUUCCUUUUUGUGCAGUGGCAGCUAAAAAACUGACUAGUUCUAUUAUUAUAUAAUAAUAGAAGCAGUACACAAAAUUUGUGUUAUACAUAAAAUAAAGUUGAUUUACACAA